AUGCGCCAUUUAGCGAUUGUAAUAGCGGCUGCUAUAGCCAUAGUAGCAGCGUCACCGUUGGAAGUCCAGACAUUGAGAGAGAAACUUUUCUUUACAGGGGAAAACACCAGGAACAGCGCUUUGGAGCAACUAAUUUCAUCAUUAUUAGAAGAAUUCAGAGAGCUAAUGGUAACUGGAUCAGACACUAUUCCCGUUUUGGAUCCUUUGGAGAUAGAUGAAAUACAUGUUGAUGAAAACACUAUUAGUAUAAUACCUGGGCAUGUUACCAUCAACGACCUGAAUGUAGCCAAAUUAAGUACUUUUGAAAUAAAUGAACUUAGUGUUACAAUGACUUCAUUGCUACUUCAGCGUUACAGAAUCAUUUUAGACGGUUCCGUCCCAGUUAUUGACGUUGGUGUAGGUGGCUAUGACCUUAAUUUGUCAAUUUUUGGAGGAACUAUUUUCGGAAAAGGUGACGCUACGAUAAGGAUAGUGGAACCGCGUAUCCGGACAAACUUGCUUAUGUCCAUAACUCUUUCUGAAGGAUUUUACUUAAACUUGCUGGAGUGCCGGAUUAAUGUCUCGCUUGCUUCAUUUGAGCCAAAAAUUACUGGCUUGUUUAACGAUCCAGUACUCAGUGACUUCAUCAGUCGUUUUUUGCAAAAUCUUGUCUCAGAAGUGCUUGAGUUUUUCGAGGAAGAAAUAACAGAACUUCUUAGCACCACUGUACUAGAAGUUGGCAACCAAAUACUGGCUGAAUUGGACUUGUCAGCUAUUUUGGGAAUAUAA